AGUUAACUCACACUGGCUAAACUGAAAACAAGAACACAAACCACAUUCAGUCCGUUUUUGAAAAUAUUGUGCAGUGAUGGAAGAGUCAGAGGAGGAUCGUCGUCGCCAGCUUGAAGAAGCUCUCGAAAUCCAAUCCCUUAGACGCAUCAUCAGUGCUUACCUCAACUAUCCUGAUGCCGCCGAGAGGGAUGUUAGAAGAUACGAGAGAUCUUUUAGGAAGCUUCCACCUGCCCAUAAGGCUUUGUUAUCUCAUUAUCCUCUAAAGUUUCAAAGAUUGCGCAGGUGUAUUGCGAUGAAUUCUCAUUUCAUAUUCAGCAUGCUUCAGGCAUUUGAGCCUCCGCUUGAUAUGAGCCAGGACGUUGAUUUAAGUGAAGAUCCACAUACUGAAGAUGCUCAUAAAUAUCAUACAGUCUCUGAAGGGCUUAAUUCUUGUUCAUGUGAAUCAGCCCCAUUGAGAAUAACAUGUUCUGUAUCUGAUCAACAUGGUUGUGUGGAAGGUAGCAAUGAUACAUGCAGAUCAUCAGUACUACUGCAUCCGAAUGAGGAAGUGAACAUUGAGAGUGACCGUCAGCCAAAUAUCGGGAGCCAUCUUCCAAGCUUGACGGAUACCAAAGAGACUAGUGAAUAUGGUGAAAGUGCUAUUCCUGAUUCCGAUGACAGUGUCACAGUCAACUCACGGCAACAAUGGUUGGAUCCUUCUUUACAGUUAAAUGUUCCUUUAGUUGAUGUAGAUAAGGUGCGAUGCGUAAUAAGGAAUUUAGUUAGGGACUGGGCAGCAGAGGGUAAAAAAGAACGUGAUCAGUGCUACAAGCCUAUCCUUGAAGAGCUCAAUAACCUAUUUCCUAAUCGCAGUAAAGAGAGUCCACCUGCUUGUUUAGUUCCUGGUGCUGGACUUGGUCGACUGGCUUUGGAGAUCUCCUGUUCAGGAUUUAUCAGUCAGGGAAAUGAAUUUUCAUACUACAUGAUGAUAUGCUCUAGUUUUAUUCUUAACCAUUCCCAAACUGCUGGUGAGUGGGCUAUAUAUCCUUGGAUUCACAGCAAUUGCAAUUCAUUGUCAGAAAGUGAUCAACUUCGUCCUGUUUCAAUACCAGAUAUUCAUCCAGCCAGUGCAGGAAUUACUGAAGGCUUUUCCAUGUGUGGAGGUGACUUUGUUGAAGUCUACAGUGAUUCAAGCCAAGUAGGUGCAUGGGAUGCAGUUGUUACAUGCUUCUUUAUCGAUACUGCUCACAAUGUUGUUGAGUACAUUGAAAUAAUUUCGCGCAUUUUGAAAGAUGGGGGAAUUUGGAUAAAUUUGGGGCCUCUACUUUAUCACUUUGCGGACAUGUAUGGACAAGAAGAUGAAAUGUCCAUCGAAUUGAGUUUGGAAGAUGUUAAAAGGAUUGCAUUGCAUUAUGGAUUUGAAUUUGAGAAAGAAAGAACUAUUGAGACAACAUACACGACAAAUCCAAGAUCAAUGAUGCAAAAUCGUUACUUUGCUGCAUUUUGGACAAUGAGGAAAAAAUCCGGAUCAGUGCAGCAGCAGCAGGAGGCCUGAAAAUGGGGAACUCCAUUGGAAGGAAAUGCAAAGUUUCUACACAAAGUUGAAACAUGAAACUAGCAAAAGAAACCUGGAUUUUCAGUCCUGGAAGCCCUUGCAGCAAGAAGCAGUACAUGCUCCUUGUUCACCUUUUGCAAAGACCUCAAUCAACUUCUUAUCAACAUUCAGAAAAGGACAUUUUAAACACCUCAAGAAUAACAACACAUAUUAGGGGAAGCCUAUGCUUUGACACUCUAGCGAGAAAGUAUCAUCUCUUUGGCAUUUUUAGCAUUCUAUAAGUUCUACAUUGUUAUGUAUUCGCAUCCUUUAAUACUGGAGAUAUCAGUGGGGUGAGUCUCCGUGUGCUUUUGAUUGGCUAUAUAAUAUAUUUAGUAAUUUGAGAAUUUCCUCAAGCAAUACGAUUUUACCAGUCCCAGCAGAGCCUGUGAUGAACACGGAUUUGCCCUGAGGGAUGGCAGACAAAAUAUGCUUCUGCUCGUUUCCCCAUUGUUGUGUUAUAAGUGUAACAUGCACUUGUGAUUGUUAUUUAUUGUAUUGUUCUUUGAGAAAUGUGAAUGGCGUUAAUUGGUUGGA